UGAUCCAGAAAGUGGACUACUUGUUUGCUGAGAAUGGUCUUGUGGCCUAUAAGGAUGGACAGUUGCUCUGUAUCCAGUCUAUUCAGGCCCACAUGGGAGAAGAGUUGCUCCAGGAUUUCAUUAACUUCUGUCUCAACUACAUGGCCAAGAUCAAACUGCCUAAGAAGAGGGGGACAUUCAUUGAAUUCCGUAACGGCAUGUUAAACGUCUCCCCUAUUGGGCGCAGCUGUACCCCGGAAGAGAGGAAGGAGUUCUACGAGCUGGAUCAGAAAGAGAAAAUCAGAGAGAAGUUUGUGUCAAUAUUAAAGGAAGAAUUCAAAGGAAAAGGACUGUCAUUUUCAAUCGGAGGCCAGAUCAGCUUUGAUGUUUUUCCUGACGGCUGGGAUAAGACAUUCUGUUUGAGGUUUGUUGAGGAGGACUUCUCAGCCAUCCACUUCUUUGGGGACAAGACCAAACCUGUGAGUAUGCUAACAGAACAACAUGGUUCUUCUUUCAAAGUGAGAAUAUCCCUUGGACAGCCGGCUCAGGCCAUACACACAAUCGACAAACUUACACUUUUUGUCAACAAGUUGUAAGUCUGUGCUGUCUGU